AGAGCUCGCCGAGAGCGAGCUGAGUCGAGUCGUGGAGAUCGCGCCGAAGGUGCGCAGCGCAUCCGUCGCACAGUUUUUUUUUUUUCACGUUCGGCAAACACAAUUGGGGACUUCGAAAGUCCGCCGCGCGCGCCUGCCCAUGUGACACACACUCUGCAAGAUGCCGGGAAUCAGUCUGCGUACUCUGUGUUUCGUGACGGCGGUCUUGUGCAACGUUCAGCAGAGUCUUGAACAUGAAAUUCCGAGGAGGAGCUUCCUGUCACGCAGAGCGAUCGACGGAACUAGAGGACGGAAGUACUUCGAUCCGAACGAGGACGGCGCAUUCGAUAGUUACGGAUCCGCCGGCGGUCAAUACGAUCCGUACGAGCACGUGACGGAUCUAUCUGACAUUAGGAAAAAUGUGCCGGGUGAGCCAGGCGUCGAUUAUCCCGCCUACACGACAUUACCUCAGACGGGAUUCACGUGUGAAGGACGUUCACGUGGCUACUACGCUGACGAAGCAGCCGGCUGUCAGGUAUUCCACGUGUGCCACGAUGUUUUAGUAUCUUCCUUCUUGUGCCCAAUCGGCUCGACUUUUAGCCAGAAGCUGCUGACGUGCGACUGGUGGACCAAAGUGGACUGUUCCGCCACCAACAGAUAUCUCGAAGUGAAUCGCAACAAUUAUCAGAUCGACGACGACGAGAUGAUUCGCAACGCGUACGCGAUGAUCAGCCUGCAAUCCUCCGCCGAAGACGUUACCAAGGACGGUCUGGUGGAUCCCGACAGCGGCGCCAGGAUCAUCGAUUACUCCGUGCUCGGCGGCGGAAGGACUGUGACAAGUUACACGCCCGUAUCGUUCCGCAGAAUCACGGAUUAUCCCGCUGUGGACACGACCGGGAACGAUCUGCCGAGCGGUUUCGAAGACUAUCCCAAUCAGGACAACCGACAGAUCCUCAACUACAAUCGAUUCCAGCAGAAGAGCACGAAUCCCACGUAUCAAAACAAAUUUCAUCUCGAAGGCAAAGGACGGUCACCUUAUCACGCAGCUGCAAUUAUCAGACAAAAUUAUCAGGACCAAUCGAGAAGCAACGAACAGUUUCGAGAUGAUUAUCGUGGACCCGACGGGUUCACCAAUCAGCUGCAGACGUCUUACGCGCCCACCGUGCCCACUGUCACCACCACCACCAGAAGAUUUUACUCGCCCACGGUACCGACGACUUAUCGACCUUCAACUUUGGCCUACAGCAAGCUGGAUCUGAUCAUGGAUAGUUCCGAUCAUCUCUACGCGCACAGCAAGAACCCGGCGACUCCACCUACGACUUCUCAUCAUCGGGACGACGAUGAGAAAAAUGCUGAUUUGAGAGAGAGCGAAACGAGACACGACGGUCCGAGGACAUCGGAGAACGUUGGAGAUAAUCAAAGUGACGACGUUGCUCGAUCCAAGAACGACGAAGUGCGUCUCCUCAACUUCGAGGAGAAAAAGUCGGAAACGAGUUUUAGAAUCAAUCUGACCGCGAUCGAAGACGAGGAGGAUGAGGUGUUCAGACAACAGAACGACAGACCGGUAAUUAGAAAUGAUUACGAAGAAAAUCUGGAAGACAUCGAGACGGGAGACAGCAUCGGAAUUGCUCGGGCGCUGAACGAUCCCGACAGGAUCGGUGUACAGAAUCAAAAUCCCGUGGAGGAAACGUUCAAGGACGAACGAAAAAAACGUCCGAGCAGUUCGUCGCAGGCGCACACAAUUCGUUCUUCAGGAUCGUCUUCUGUAGAUAAUUCGUCGCAAACUUUGACGAAUAUCUUCAAUGAAACGAGCGACGAUCAGUCGACGGAAGAUUACGAAGACGUUACAAGCUCGACGACGAGAAUUUACGAAGAAACAGGGUUCACGACGCGCUUCGGCGUUAGAACGACUCCGUUGCUGAGGAACUGGCAUCAGAAGGACGUCGAUACCGUGCAAGCCUCGACAUUUUCCGUAACUGCGAAACCUACGACAAUCGAAAGCAACGUUGACGAAGUUGAUCGCUCAUCGUCUAACGGCAAUCAGACAAGCGAGGAUCAAAAUUCGUCAUUGAACAAACCAAUCUCUAGCUUAAACGACGAGUCCGCGCCCAGAAUACAUCUCAAUUUCGAAGUUCCUCAACCGUCUCAGUUCUUGAGGCCUCCGGCGAAAAGUUUUCUGAUCAACAUUCCGGAAGAAGAGACGCGUUACGCAACGACCGAUCAGAAUUCCAAAACUACUUGGGGUGAAAAUUUUGAAAUAACUACGGAACUCCCGCAAUUUUCCGUCACAUCCGUUGAAAACAUUCAAGAUCGAUCGCCGGUAUACAACGCGAACGUUCAAGAACAAUCGUUAUUUGAUUACGCGAACGACAAGUUGUUGUCAGAAACAACGAAUUUAGAUGUUAAUCCAAUCACGCAAGCGACUCCUAAAGUAUCCACGCCCAUUCCGUGGCUGGUUUCUUCUUCGUGGCAGGAUCGAUCGAUCGUCGAUUCUCCCGCUACAGACAUCGUUCCGCCGUUUGCGAAUCAAAAUGAUGGUUUCGACGACCUUCUCGUCCCGCCGAACGAAGAGUCGGCGCGAGUCGAUCAGACAGAACGCGCGGAUGCGCAAAUUAUUCAGCGAAAUUCUUCGACAACUUCGAGGAAGACGAUCAACACCGAAGAACCGAUUUUGAUUCGAUACGAGAUGGGAUUCCACUUGAGCAUCAGAGAUGCGAUCAAGGCUCAGGAAGAAGCGAGAAGAACGGCUCUGAGAGCAAUGUGCGAAUCUUCGGCGUUCGACAAGCAAAACAGAUCCUGCGAAACGAGUUCCGUUGCUCCCAAAACAAAUUCCGCCGUUGGGAGUUCAACGGCGAGCGUGGAAGAAAAGACCGUCUCGAUCGGUACCAAAGCGACUACGAGAUUUCCGGAACAACUGACUUUUUCGGCUAGCUCGAGAUUGCCCGAAAAAUCGGUAACAAUCAUUCGUAACGAAUUUUCAACUUUCACCACGCCACUUCCGGUUACUGUCGACAGUAACGUCGGCACGGAGAGAUCCACGUUGAAGACAAUCGCGUCGGGAAACGUGUUGCAAUCGAAUCGUCAAAAUCUGGAAGAGAAAGCGAAAGAGACGGAAAGUACUUCGCUGCGCUCGACCCGUACGGAAUCUUUAAAACAGACCAAAGAAACAAUUGACAAACACGGUUCACCGUACGAAGUUUCCUUCACGGUUAAUCAGAAAGAUGAAGAUCCGGAUCCGACAAUCGGUGGUGACGAUUUUAUUGGCCGACUGAUCGCUCAGCAAUCGGCUCUCCCUUUGAAGCAACAGCUGAACGACUUCGAGAUUGUCAAGUCGAUCGAAACGAAGGAUGAAAUUGUUAUUCCGCAAGUACGUCCCACGUUUCCCGACCAUACCACCGGUCACGCGUUUCCAGACGGAGAAAACAACAGUGAUCCCAUCAACGACACGAUCUACGAACUACCCAGAGAAUCGAACUCGAACGUGAGUAUGUUGAGUCUUGUUCAGUUAAUGGCGGAAUUGUUGAAGCUGGAUCGCUUGCCACGACCGUUUUCGGCGAAGGACUUUCACAGCGCGGAUCUGAGGGACUCGUUUGAUCUGGAUCUUGACGAACCGUCACUCGUCACGGCGAAUCCACCGUUGGAUCGUUCGCAAACAAGAGCGCCAUUCGGGAAUGCAAAUUUCAAACCGUCUAACUUCGAUAUCUCGAAGACACCCAGAGUUGCCAAAUCGAGGACACGACUGAAUCAGGACAAUCCGUCGUUCGACGCGUCAAGUUCACCGAUAUCUUUUCUCGACGAUACUUCGAACACCGAGAUUCCUCUUAGAUCGUUUUCUGACGACUCUUCUAAAAUAAAUUCCAACGCCGCGACCGAACAGAAAACGAUUCAAUCGAAAUCGGAAAACAGAACCAUUCGACCGCUCCAGAAAGAGGAGAUUCUGGAGCAAUUGACAGAGAACUUCGGUCGGCCAUUGUAUCGCGACGAUUCGAUUCACAGAUCGUUCGUUUUCGAUCUGCCGCAAGUGCAGAGAAAUUUGGACUUCGAGAGCGGUUUGCCAAUAAGCGAGGACAAGCGCGUGAGCGGCGAACCUUCGGAAGAAAGUUCGAUAUUUUCCACAGAGAGAACACCGACAACGACGACGCAACAGACAAUCACGACGACGGAAUCCGCGAGGACCGUUGUCGAGACCGAGUUCGUUCCUUCUCUGGGAUUCUCCUUCGAUACAAACGAGGGUCGCGAGGAAUACGUCCAAGCGUUUCUGAAGGGACUGAUCGACGAGCACAACGGCGAAGGUGAUGAGAAGAAUGAAUCGAGAAAGGAUGUCGACGUCGCGCUGUCACCGGACGAACCAUCAAAAACUGACACGUCGAAACUCGAAGGCACGAAGAACGUUUGAGAAAUCUUCAAAAAAAAA